AAGAAGAGCAGCACGGCUAACAUGAACUGAAGGCGUGAAGCGGCUCUGCUCUCAAUCCCACAGACUGGCAUCCUGGUGGAAGACGCAGCAUGGAAAAAAUCCGGAGGAUCCUGGUGUACGUGUGGAAGGAACGAGCGGCGCCGCAGCAAGCUCAAUUUGUUCAGAGUAUAACGAGUCACUUCACUGAUGGCAGUGAUGAUGAGGUGGAGGUGAGCUGCUCUUUGGACAAAAACCAGUUUAUCCUUCACAGAGGAGACAGAGAAACAAGGAUUCCUCUGAAGAGACCCGCCUUCUGUCCAAUCAAACACCUGUCAGUCACAGAGGCAGCUGCGAUCCCAUUGGAUAUUCAAAAGCGUGGAGUGGAUGUGGGUGUGGCCAUCCUCCUGCAGACAGCCAAUCACAGAGUGUUGUUGACACGGCGAGCGAAGGAACUUCGAAUAUUUCCUAACGUCUGGGUUCCACCAGGCGGCCACGUUGAACCAGAUGAGACGCUACUUGAAGCAGGUCUCAGGGAGUUAAAGGAGGAAACUGGACUCAAACUGGAGCCAGAGGAAGUUUCUCCAAAAAUACUGGGACUGUGGGAGUCGGUGUUUCCUCCCAUGCUGUCCAGAGGGCUUCCUCAGAGACAUCACAUUGUCAUCUACAUGCUGCUGCACUCGUCCUUCACACACCUGCAGCUACAGGCCUCUCUUAGCCCUUCACCUGCUGAGGUCAGUGGCUGUUUGUGGGCCGACAGCCGGCUGGUCAGAUCCAUCGUGUCUGCUGUGGACGGUGAGGACGGCGAAGUUUGCCUGGACGACCUGCCAAUCAGCGUCAGUAUGUCACAGGUGACUGCAGGCGGAGCUCUGACUGACUCCUCGCUGCCUGUGGCGGUCUUUGUCAGUCGGGCACCGUCCAGCGGGCCAGACGUGGAGCGGGUCAGCACCGGGACCAAGUUUGCCCUGGAGCUGUGGCUGAAGAGCCUGGAGGCCCCUGACCUCUGACCUCUGACCCUGACUUCAUCCUGCAGGCAUCAGGAAGGACAGUUUUUUGAUCUGAGAAAUGAUGUCACUUUAAUUUAAUGUGUUAUGAAUGUCAUUGUUGUUUUUCAAUUCACUCAUUCUUGAGAGUCGGGACAAAACAUGUCCUACAUAGAAAAGUCUAAUUUACAUUAAAAAUAAAGAAAUUCAUUAUGAUUGUGAUACUUACAAAGUUA